AUGAACGUUCUCUUCGGUAUCAUCCGGAAACUUGGCCACAAGAGAUCGCUCUCUGAUUCUGAAUUAAGCAGAAUUUCGAAUGGUUUGUCUUAUCUGACGCAAGCCGGUUUUAAGGUAGAAUGGUUGUGGUCAAAGCUUGAGAUGGCUGACUUAGGGAGGAAGAAACGUGAUGCUUGUCAAGCUCGGAUUCUGGAACUCAAACAAGAAGUCAAGAAACUUGAGCGUGCCAUGUCUGGUCUCAAAGCUGAUUUGAAAAACGAGAAGGUUAAGUUGAAUCAUAGUUCGUUUAGAAAUUUUUUAGGAGUUGCUUCUGCCUAA